AUGGGCUUCCACAACAUGUCCUGGGUCGGGUACCCAAGCCACGUGUCCCCGGCUGUGGAAGAUGUCAUAGCUUCGCAGAGCAUUAUCUCCAGGUGCACACACAUCUAUGUUGCUCUGUUUGUCCCAAUGAGCUUAGUGACUGGACUCUUCAACUUGACCACCUUCAUACGGGGCCGCACCAGGCUGGGGGCCCUGGACGUGCUCCUCUCGGACCUCACGGUUACCAACAUCCUGGUGACGCUGCUAUCACUCAGCGCCAUCAGCAGGCCCAACUACAUUCUCACUACCAACCUGCACUGCGGGGUCCUCUCCUUCCUCUCCAACCUCUGCUACUUCAAUGCUCAGUAUCUGCAGCUGGUGAUGCUUGUCUUGGUCUUACUGCCAAGCUUCUUGUCCUGUCUGCUCAUGCGGACCAAGGGGGCCCAGAAGCUUGCCAUGGGCCCAGUUGCUAUUUUGGGCUGUGCCCUCUGCAGCUCUCUGGUAGUGGUGGCCCUGCUGGGCAUAUCAGGGGAACUGCACAAAACCACAAUGUGCCAGGUGGACCCACUGAUUGCUUGGCCUGAAUAUGAAAUUGUAAAGUUUAGCCUGGGCUUUGGGGUUGCUGUUGUCUUCAAGUUGGUUUUCUUCAUCUUGCUCAUUGUCAGACUGGCCCGGCAGGCAUCUCCUCCCCAGAGGGACACAGCUUCUGCUUACCUGAUAGUGCUGGCUGUCACCCUGACUAUGUUCGCUUGCCGACUCUUCUACAACAUCGCACUCCUCCAACGGGCCAGGCUAAAGCUGAAGAGGGACAUUGGCUCCCCUGGAGAUGAGCUCCUCAUGAACCUUGCAGAACUGGUCCUGUUUGGGGAGAGUUGUGUAACUUCCCUGGCUACCCUUUUCCUCCAUAAGCCUUGCAGGCUUGCACUGCUGAACAUUCCGGAGCAUCUCACUCAAAGAUGCAGAAGAAGACAGGCCGACAACAGCAUCUCCUUAAAAAGAGUAGGGAGUUAG